GGCCCCUGCCCAGGCCCUGACCCGGGGCCCGGCCGUAGCCGAGACCCCAGUCCAGGCGGGGCGGCCCGGCCUAGGCCCGGCCCCGUCGGGCGGAACGGAGGUGGGGCGGCCCGGCCCAGUCCCAGUCCCUGACCCCGGGCCCGGCCAAGCCCCCGUCGGGCGGAGCGGAGGGAAGCGGAGCCGGCGCCGCUGCGGAAGAGGGAGGGGAAGGAGGGGCAGAGGCAGUGAUGGCAGCGCGGAGCUCGGGCGGGGAUGCCGCGCUGCGGCGGGCGGCCGAGCAGUGGCUGCGGUGGGAUAAGAAUCCCAAAACUUCUGCGACAGUGAAGCAGGUGCUGGCUGAAGGAAAUGCCGGGGAGCUGCAGAAGUAUUUUGGGUCACGGAUGGAGUUUGGAACGGCCGGGCUGAGAGCUGCCAUGGGAGCAGGGAUCUCCCACAUGAACGACCUCACCAUCAUCCAGACCACCCAGGGGUUUUGCAGAUACCUUGAGAAGAAUUUCAGCGACCUGAAAAAGAGAGGAGUUGUGAUUGGUUUUGAUGCUCGUGCCCACCUUUCCAGCGGAGGUAGUAGCAAAAGGUUUGCCAGACUUGCUGCUAAUACCUUCAUCAGCCAAGGAGUUCCAGUUUAUCUCUUCUCUGAUAUAACACCGACUCCUUUCGUGCCGUACACGGUAACUCAUCUGAAGCUUUGCGCCGGAAUUAUGGUUACGGCUUCCCAUAAUCCCAAACAAGACAAUGGUUACAAGGUUUACUGGGAAAACGGUGCUCAGAUCAUUUCCCCUCACGACAAAGGGAUUUCUCAGGCUAUCGAGGAGAACCAGGAGCCGUGGCCUCAGGCGUGGGACGAGGACCGCAUCGACGGCAGCCACCUGCUCCACGAUCCCUACGCCAGGGUCAAUAAGGAGUAUUUCCAAGACAUACAGAAACAGUGUUUUUACAGGAAUAUAAACAAGGAAACAAAUUUGAAAUUUGUUCAUACUUCCGUGCAUGGCGUAGGUCAUAAAUUUGUGCAGUUGGCCUUCAAGGCUUUUGACCUGAGCCCUCCCUUUGCCGUUCCGGAGCAGAAGGAUCCCGAUCCAGAAUUUCCCACAGUCAAGUAUCCAAAUCCUGAAGAAGGCAAAGGGGUUCUGACGUUGUCUUUUGCUUUGGCUGAAAAAGAUGGGGCAAAAAUCAUUUUAGCAAACGAUCCUGAUGCCGAUCGACUUGCGGUGGCAGAGAAACAAGAGAGUGGUGAAUGGAAAGUGUUUUCUGGCAAUGAGCUGGGAGCUCUUCUGGGCUGGUGGAUCUUCACUUGCUGGAAAAAUAACAACAAGGAUGGUCGUGCUCUUAAAGAUGUCUACAUGUUAUCCAGUACGGUCUCUUCCAAAAUCCUGAGAGCCAUUGCACUAAAGGAAGGGUUUCACUUUGAGGAAACUCUGACUGGUUUCAAGUGGAUGGGCAACCGUGCCAAGCAGCUCAUGGACCAGGGAAAAGCUGUUCUUUUUGCCUUUGAGGAAGCUAUAGGGUAUAUGUGCUGUCCUGCUGUUCUGGACAAAGACGGUGUCAGCGCCGCUGUUAUCACUGCAGAGAUGGCCAGCUUUUUGGCAACCAGGAAUCUGUCUUUGUCUCAGCAGCUGAAAGCUGUCUAUGAUGAAUACGGCUUCCACAUCACCAAAGCUUCCUACUUCAUCUGCCACGAUCCUAAAGUUAUUCAGCAGCUUUUUGACAACCUGAGAAAUUUUGAUGGAAAAAACACAUAUCCAAAAUCUUGCGGUAGAUUUAAAGUUUCUGGAAUAAGGGAUCUAACUACGGGGUAUGACAGCAGCCAGCCAGAUCAAAAGGCUAUACUUCCAACUAGUAAAAGCAGCCAGAUGAUAACAUUCACUUUUGCUAAUGGAGGAGUGGCCACCAUGAGAACCAGCGGGACGGAACCAAAGAUCAAAUACUACUCGGAACUUUGUGCGCCUCCUGGAAACAGUGACGUUGAGCAGCUGAAGAAGGAACUAGACGAAUUGGUCAACGCUCUUGAAAAACACUUCUUCCAACCAGAGAAGAAUAAUCUUCAACGAAAGACUGAGUAAAAUAGCAAAUUUACUGCCUUAAUUGGUUUUUGCCACACUAGAAGUGCAUUAUUUAAGAAGUGAAGAUUUGUAGGACCAAAUAUCUGAGAACUCAGACUAAAAAGACUUCUAUGUUUAUUAAGAGUUAUUCCGGGUACUCCUGGAUCUAGUAUCAUAUUUUGGAAGGAAAGUACCUUAAAGGACCAAAAAACUCCCAAUCAGUUGAACUAAAAGCUGUAUGAACUAAAAGUUGACUGCGAAUGUAUUUCAAUCCAAAUUUGUUUUAAUUAAAUAUUGUAAGUCAUAUCCUGAUUUCUGAAAAAGCA